GACAAUACAAGCCAUGAAGAAUUCGACGAAGGUGAUGACGGUGCGCCACCCGCUCGAGCGUCUUGUCUCCGCCUUCAGGGACAAGUUCCAAGACGGGAGGGCCGUGGAGAAGGCGCAGUCGGAUGGACACAUGAGAUACUUCUGGAAACCGGCCAUGGUAGCGCUGAAGAAAGGUCGCAACGAAGAAGGCAAGUUGCAAAUCACCUUCCACGAGUUUUUGCAAUACGUGGUAAAGGAACAGCGCUCCUCCGCCGGCGACCCCCACUGGAUGCGCCUCUACAGACUGUGUUCCGUCUGUGGCAUCGACUUCCCCUUCGUCAUGAGGCUCGAGACGUACACCGAUGACCUCGCUUUCCUCGUCCGGAAUCUCGGGAUCGCGGAGGUCAACCCUCUCGAAAGACGCCACUCGCUGUACUCCGACACUCCCUACGAUGCUUCGACUCGCCUGUCGAUCGACACUGAGCCUGCCAUCUCCAUCAAGAACUCGACCCUCAAGUAUUACCUUGACGUCCCUCCUAACCUUCUCGCCUCCGUGCUCGACAUCUACAAGAUCGAUAUGGAGAUGUUUCAUUACGAAGUGCCUCCGGUCUUACAAGAAAUCGUCGAUCGGUAUCGAAGCAGCGCGGCUUAGCAACGGGUUCAUUUUUUUGUUUGUUUGAUUUGGGUGUGUAUGUUGUUGUUGUUGUUACUGUUGUUGGUGUUGUUGUUUUGUUGUUGUUGUUGUUGUUAUUGUUGUUGUUGUUACUGCUGUUGUUGUUGUUGUUGUAGUUGUUGUUACUGUUGUUGUUACUGCUGUUGUUUUUGUUACUGUUGUUGUUGUUGUUACUGUUGUUGUUGUUGUUGUUCUGGGGGGGGUAGAGUUCUCAUUCGUUUUUUUUCUUUCUUUCUUUCUU